UUCCUGGCAAAGCUGGGAAAAAAAAAGUGACCCUUUCCUGCCCCAGGGCAGCUGCUUUCUCUGCAGAAGAAAACCUCCUGCUGGUGGUGGGUGAUGAAAGGGCAGGUGCUGCAGAGCCAGACACCCAGCUGGGAGCUCUCCCUGCUGCAACGUGGCCACCAGGACCGGCACAUCCCCUCCCCGCAUGCCCCCCGCUCCCCCGGCAGCCCUGGAACCAAUGCAGCGCGCUGCGAGCGGCCGAUUUGCAUCGGAGGGAUAAGGGGAAGCCCCAGGAAACGCAUGGCCCAGGCAUUAAUCAAAUCUACCUCUAAUAAUAAACCUCCCCAGCAAUGCGCGGGCUCGGAGCGCGCAGUGCGAUGGCAGGAGCCGAGGAGGAGUAGCCCCCGUGCCAGAGCCAAGCCCAUGGAUGGGACGCCCCUGGGCUGUGAUGCCAUGAACAACUGCACCGACCAGCAGUACUGGGACGCCCUCGUCUGCCAGUGCAUCCCCUGCAGCCUCAUAUGCGGCCGGUCCGCGGUGAGGAGGUGUGCUGCCCUGUGUGAGUCCAUGGUUUGCAACAGGAAAGCCGGCUUCUACUACGACAAGCUCCUGAAAAAAUGCAUCAACUGCGCCACGGUCUGCGGGCAGCACCCCAAGCAGUGCGACCCCUCCUGCGGAUGUGCCCUGGCCACCACCCCCCCUCCGCCGGCCGCCCUGGUCACGGCGCUGCCUCCCGCGGCCGCGCUGGAGCAGAAGGCGUGCGCGGAGCAGGAGCCGUGGCUGGUGGUGUACCUGCUGCUGGGGCUCUGCCUCUGCGCCCUCAUCUGCUCCCUCGUCCUGGGCUGGACGCACCUGAGGAGGAAAGGAGAGGUGGGAUCCUGCCAGGCCGGCACCGGGACCUGCCACCGCAGGGAGGAUUCCUCCAAGGAUCGCCUGGUGGAAGCGGGCAGCGUUGGUGAUGGAUCCACCGGCAGCAAGUCCCCUGAGCCAGUGGAAACCUGCGGCUUCUGCUUCCCCGGACACGGCUCGGCUGUACAGGAGAGCAAAGGGCACCACAGCCCCUCCUGCCCCCCGGGGGAGAGGGCUGCGGCCGCUCACAGCAGGGUGUGCAGCACGGGAAGUGCCGGGGCGAUUCCCAGCCCUGACGACGGCCAUUUUAAGAUCAUUUGCUCUCCUUCGCAAGAGAAGACGCCCAUGGCGUGACCGCGGUGAACACUCCUGCACGGGCUCAGAAAGGAGGGCUGUCCCUCCUGCCCCCAAAACACAGCUGCUUCUCCCUCUGAUCCCAAGCCCCAGCUCCUGCCAGGGCAGGUGGACACAGCUCAGGGGCUGUGGGUCACGGACAGUGCCUUUCUCUUCUUGGAAACCCAAACUCUCCUUGUUCCAGUGAUGGAUGUUGCUCCCCGUUCAGCCUGUGCCUCCAUGCUCCAACCUGACCUCCACAGACACCUCCAUGCUUCCUGGCCCUUGGGACCGGAGGCCCGUGUGGGCUUCUCAGCCUGGUUCCCUCAUCAGCAUCACUUUGCGUCUACGAAGUGUGCCGAUGCCUGGCCAGGAGCAGCCUGUGGCAAGCGCCAGGCCCCCGCCUUUCCCCAUUUUAAAACUCUGCCUUGCACCACAAGUGGCUUCCGAGCAGAGCUGUGCUCAUGUGGGACGCACUCGAUGGACAGAAAGCAGAUGAAGUGGUGGUGCCAGGCUGCCAUCUCGAGAAUUCGCCAGGUGUGACAGCAGCCUGACCUCGAUCCAUCGCCCCUGGGUGCCUGCCUCCUUCACCAAGAGGUCUCCUCUCCUCAGGACUAUGGGGAGUUUUCCAAAGAAUCAGUUUGAAGUGUUUUAAAGCAUCUCGGGCCUUUCAGACAAAGCUGCGGCCUGGCCUACUCCAGCCUCCCAGGAUGUUCCACACAGACAUGAUGACCAUCGAGUGCCACUGCCAUGCUCCUAGGUGGGGCACGUUUUCUGACUUCAACAAAGUUCUUUUACAGCAAGAGUAUUCACAGUACAUGAGCUCCACAGGCAGCUUUCAACACUGCUUUGAGGGGAGGAAAGGACACGGGGCGGUGAGGCUUUGCCUUUUGACUGGAUACGGUAGUGCACAAAUUGCUCCGGAGGCACCAAAAUCACCGACGGGACUGGGUUUAGAUGUGAAAAAUCAUCCAAAGCUGAGAACUUUCUGGAAGACUUGAUGCUUUGAUGUACUCCUGGUCUGGAUUACCUGAAACAGCUGGUAAAAGUGCCGGGCUGUGGCGUGGCUGAUUUGAGGAAAGGUUUUUGUCUGACCUGUAUUUGAAAGCUACUAUGGAAAAAUGUGAGUUUCAACAUGUAACGUCAAGUUCUCUCAUUCUCAUUAAAGGAGAGCGUAGGAAUGUUUUGCUUGGUGAAA